UAAAUCUCACUCCAUUUUCUUCUUCCGUACUUCAUCAAAGUUCCUGUAAAACUCAAACGGACCGAACCGACAUCUGGAGUAACGAAGUUGAUCUGCGAUCAGUUAAUAUUGUUACAAAUCAUCAUUUUCAUCAGCAACCGAAUUUGGAUCAAAUCGGAUCAGAAUCUACAAACAUGAUAAUGCAGUUCUUGCCGCAUGAGUGUCGCAGCAACAUAUCAGAGUGAGGCUGAGCAUGUUGUGGGGGAAUCCUCUGAUGGAGGACGGGGGUGGGGUCAAUCACUCAAGGCUCCGCCUCCACUACUGCGCUAAGAGAUCCCCAAACCCCGCCCCCUCACAUCUCCCUGCACUGAUCUAUGCGGUUCAUCUGAUCAGAGGCUGUUGCUCUCUCAGCGUUCUCUGCCCGGCACGCCCGUCGCCCAUAAACAUCUGCCUAUAGACUUGCGCACAUCGAUGGACGGAAAAUACAAGGAGAUCGCUGAGGAGUUGUUGGCGAGGAGUCUGACCGACAGUGACAUGCGUUGUGCUCCGUACGAAUUUCCUGAAGAGAGUCCCAUUGAACAACUCGAGGAGAAACGACACAGACUGGAACGGCAGAUCAGCCAGGAUGUGAAGCUUGAGCCCGAGAUUCUGCUGCGAGCAAAACAAGACUUCAUGAAAAUAGACAGCGCUGCCGACCUCGAGUAUCUGAACGACAGUCAUGAGGAUGCUGUCGAUCAUAUAGAGAGAGAGACAGGGGUGGAGAGAGGCUUCCAGCGUGUAUCUAUCUCAGGAGAGGAGAAGUGUGGGGUUCCCUUCACUGAUCUGGUGGAUGCUGCGAAGUGUGUAGUGAAAGCUUUGUUUAUCAGAGAGAAAUACAUCGCUUUCUCACUGCAGACAUUCUGUAAGACCACCGCACGCUCUCUACAGGAGCUCAAUCACAGACCACUGGACCUCAACAUCUAUGAAGACCUUCACGAGAGUCCCGUUGACUCAGGUGUGUCAGAUAAACACAUACCUGUACAAAACAGAAGAGAACCCUGUACUUAUAUGUCUCUCUCUCUGUCAGAGGGGGGCGUUCACCCCCCGGUGUCUAAAACGCACCCGUAUGAGCUUCAGAAUCUUAAGAACCUGCCGUGUGACACGGGCUACAGCUGCAAGAUGGUGGAUGGAGUUUUUCAUGUCUACACCAAACAAAACCCCAUGGACAAUAGCACAGAACUGGACCUGCCGUAUCCAGACCUACAGGAAUACAUUGCUGAUAUGAACGUCAUGAUGGCGCUCAUCAUCAACGGCCCUGUGAAGUCGUUCUGUUACCGUCGGCUGCAGUAUUUGAGCUCAAAGUUUCAGAUGCAUGUUCUUCUAAACGAAAUGAAGGAACUCGCAGAGCAGAAGAAAGUACCGCACAGAGAUUUCUACAACAUACGCAAGGUGGAUACUCACAUUCACGCGUCGUCCUGCAUGAAUCAGAAGCAUCUGUUGCGGUUCCUCAAGCGUGCGAUGAAGAAAUACCCUGAUGAGAUCGUACACAUGGAGGGGGUGCGGGGUCAGACGCUGAUGGAGGUGUUCGAGAGUAUGAAUCUGACGGCGUAUGACCUCAGCGUCGACACGCUCGACAUGCACGCGGACAGGAAUACGUUCCAUCGCUUUGACAAAUUCAACUCCAAAUACAACCCCAUUGGAGAAUCUAUACUGAGAGAAAUCUUCAUCAAAACGGACAAUCACAUCCAAGGCAAAUACUUCGGUCAUAUCAUCAAGGAAGUGAUGUCAGACCUGGAGGAGAGUAAAUACCAGAACGCAGAGUUGCGUCUGUCCGUGUACGGCCGCUCAAUGGACGAGUGGGACAAACUCGCGGAGUGGGCCGUUUGUCACUCCGUUUAUUCUGAUAAUGUGCGCUGGCUCGUCCAGAUACCACGACUGUUUGAUGUUUACCGCACAAAGAAUCAACUGACGAACUUCCAGCAGAUGUUGGAGAACAUUUUUCUACCUCUGUUUGAGGUGACCAUCAACCCCAGCAGCCACCCACAACUACAUCUGUUCCUGCAACACGUGUUGGGUUUCGACAGUGUGGAUGACGAGUCUAAACCGGAGCAACACAUCUUUAAUCUGGACAGUCCGUCACCUGCGCGCUGGUGUGACGAUGAUAAUCCGCCGUACUCGUACUAUCUGUACUACAUGUACGCUAACAUGACCGUACUCAACCAUCUGCGCAGGAGGCGGGGCUUCAACACCUUUGUGCUGCGACCUCACUGUGGGGAGGCGGGGCCUAUUCAUCACCUGGUGUCUGGAUUCAUGCUGUCAGAAAACAUCUCGCACGGACUGCUGCUCAGGAAGGCUCCGGUUCUGCAGUAUCUGUACUAUCUGGCUCAGGUGGGCAUCGCCAUGUCUCCUCUCAGUAAUAACAGUCUGUUUUUGAGUUAUCACCGGAACCCGUUACCGGAGUAUCUGUCACGCGGCCUGAUGGUGUCGCUGUCCACCGACGACCCGCUACAGUUCCACUUCACUAAGGAGCCUCUGAUGGAGGAGUACAGUAUCGCUGCUCAGGUCUGGAAACUGAGUUCAUGUGACAUGUGCGAACUGGCUAGAAACAGUGUGUUAAUGAGCGGAUUCUCACACAGGACCAAGAGUUAUUGGUUGGGUCCAGACUACAAUAAAGAGGGGCCCAUCAGCAACGACAUCCGCCGCACAAACGUUCCCGACAUCCGUGUGGCAUACCGACACGAGACUCUGUGUGAGGAACUUCACCUGAUCACACAAGCCGUAAGGACACAAGAACUGGACCUCAUCGAGGAGGAAGACAUGCUGUCAUUCGUGCCUGGCCAAUCAGCACGCUAGAUAAUCCCAUAACCCCGCCCAUCAUCAGGACCAAAUAAACAUGCCAUACGCCAGUGCUCAUCUCUGCCUUCGCCCGUCACUUCAGAUAAACUCAAGUGCAUGAUUAGAGACAUAAAUAAGCUAUGCACAGAUAUAAGAUAAUGUGUGUGUUAGUAUGAGGUGUUAUACCUCAUUUAUAAGCCCCAUUAUAACAUCACAGCACACUCAUGUGCCUUUUAGUAGCUGUUUUAUUUUGAUUAUAAUUCACUGUGAAAAUAUCUUUCACUCGCUCUCAUUAUUUUACGCUUGCUUUCUCUUAAUCUUUGUUUGGGAUUUUAUGUCAUUUUAAAGGAAUAUGUUUCUCUGAUGGCGGGACUGUUCCAGAUGUGCGUGUAUAAUUAAUGUUAUCUGCAGGGGGCGCUGUAGAGUCCAAUCUACAUUUAGCUUAUUACUAUGAAGAAUAUUUUUCUAAUCGUAAACCUCCCUUAACUUAAUAUCAACCUUAACCCCUACACCUGCCCUAACCUUUUACCUACCCUAACCCCUUAACGCCAAAGUAUACUUCGGUUUUCCGCAUACCGGUACAUCUCACGCACAGUGUGCAUGAUGCAGUUUUCGUCAUUAGCACAUUACAUGCGAGCUUGCGGCCAAAAGAGUUACUUGGGAAGGCUUAGCGCUCCACGGUGUGCGAAACCGCAUGCGGAAAACCAUGCACUUCUUUUUCUGCAUGCCGUGCCAUCUCUCGUAGACGUUCGCGCAUACAGUACAAAUGACGAUAUUUGCGUUGCACACAUUGUAGCAGCAAGCGGAAAACCCAAGUAUACUUUGGCCUGAACAGAUGAAGUUUUUAUUAAGUUUACAGAUAUAUAUGAAGGUAGUUUCAUGUUAGUGAUUUAUGUAUUUUCUGAUACACUAGAUGUUAUAUUAUUGAAUUUAAAACAAUCGUUUAACAGGAUUCAUCAUUUCAGAAUUUUUAAGUUUGUCAUUUUAUUUGCAUGUGUUCUGCAGUAGUUUCAGCGCAACAUUAAACUGACUGUUAAUAUUUACCAAGUAUUACUACAAAUAUUCCCAUAAUGAUUCACAACAUUGUCAUUAUAAACUCACACAAAAGUUAAUGCAAGAUCAUUGGUCACAUUGAGGGAAAAAAUGCAUGAUUUAUUAAAUUAGCACGACCAAAAACAGACCAAAGCAUGACAUACAACACACUGAAACAGGUUUGAAAUGAUCCCACACUGAGAACAAAGGAUCACAGCUAUUUUCUGUUAUUACAAAAAUAUAGUUUUUUGUGAAUGAUUGAGAUGACACUAGUUUUCUGUCCCAGCAGUAUUGAUCAGAUAAGAUUAUUUUGUUGAUUUUAAUAAAGCAUGUAUACAGUU